AAAUUUCAUAAGUGCGUGGCUGCCUCUAGCGAAUGCACCGUUGGUCACAGCUGGCUAGAUGUCUCAGUAUUAUAAAGGGAAAGGUGCCGACUAAAUGCUAUGGAGUGGAGGGAACUUUAAGCAAUAGCUUAAAAUGCAGCCUGGAAAGUAAACUGAUAGUUCAUAUUUUACAGUACUGGAUUAUUACAGAGAAUCUACGUACACAUGGAUAUCCACAACAGAAGCAGUGCACAGACAUCACUCUUAUAUUUCUAAUUUACCUAAAGGUAAAACAUGGUGAGUAAGGAACCAAGUAAAUGCCAACUCACAGGAAAGGAGAAUGAAACUGAGCAAACAACUUCACCAGCACCGGAGAUGAAAUAUGCUCAAGAUCCAAAUAGACAUAUUAAAAAAAGGAAUAAAGCAUUACAGGUGAGAUUUAAAGAUAUCCGUGAAGCUCAGAAUGAACAGGAGAAGAGACUUGCUGCAACACAGCAAAUGGACAAAAAAACAAUGAAAUCUAUUUCUUGUAAGGCAGCUUAUCGCAAAUACAUGACAGUGCCUGCACGAAGGUCAAUUCCAAAUGUUACCAGAAGCACAGGUGUGCAGACAUCUCCUGACCUCAAAAAGCGUUAUCAGACAUUUCCUUUGGAAAGGAAGAAAGUAAAUAUCAUUAAAAUUGCUCCCACUUUAGAAACAUUCAGGCAACAAAACAAUAGUUUGGCAGUUGAAAUUAAAGAUAACCUCAACAAUGACUUGGAAGCACGUAAUACAAGCAGUUCAAAGAGAAGCAGCCAGAAGAAUCAAGACACCAGUGUACAUACUAAUAACCUCAACAAACUGAAUGAACAAGAUGGCAGCAUGAGACUGGAUACUCCCAGUAACAAAGUCCACGAAAUGCAUAAUUUUACUGAAGACUCAAAUGAACAAAAUCACCAACAGUGCAAUAUUACAAUGUAUGAUAAGGUGUCUUCAAGAAAUCAGAACUUUAAUCAAACUGAAUUGCAACUAGCUGAUCUCACUUCCUUCCAUUUAACAGACAGCAUCUGUGAACUUACUCAGACUGAUCCCUCAAAUUCCUUUACACAGGACUCCUUACAAAAACUGGCUGCAUGGGAAGUGCCUGAAAGAACUUUGUCCCCAGCCAGUCACCAACCUCAAUCAGUGAAUGGACAACUCUGUUCACUACAGUCUCCUCAAAGAGAAGAGUUCUCUGAAUCAGCUGUGACAAAUACUGCACCUAGAGAUGAAGAUCAGUCUAAUCAAACAACAGUAUCUGUACUGGAUUCAGAUCAACAAAUUGUACCUCUUACAGAAGCUGUGGAUCUGAAAGCUCAGCUACAAAUAAUGGAAAACCUGAUCAGUUCCAGUCAGGAAACUAUUAAGGUGUUGCUUGGGGUUAUUCAAGAAUUAGAAAAAGGCGAAGCCCUCAGAGAAGGUCUCUCCUACAGGACAGGACAGGACACUGCAAACUGUGACACUUGUCGGAACAGUGCAUGCAUCAUUUAUAGUGUUGAACUGGAUUUCAAACAACAAGAGGACAAGUUUCAGCCCAUUAUGAGAAAACUACAUUCGACUGAAGAAACUCAGGUUUCAACCCUGCCUUAUUCACAAGAAUUUUGUUCAUCUGCCUAUCAAAAGCAAAAACCUAGCAAGACUGAAUCAAAAAAGCAUGGGAAAUGGAAACUGUGGUUUCUUUAAAUAAAUCCAUUAAAAUUUAUAAAUGUUAACUCCAUUCAUAUGAAGUGAACCCUUUUUGACUUGUUUCAAAACUGAUUCAAAAAUUGUUUCAAAAAUUACCUGAAAUUUAAAAUCAGUCAAUUCAAGGCAGCAUUUAAUUCAAGUCAUGCAAUAUUCAAGAUUUUAGAUCUAAUGCCAUGGAUAAUAGAGAAACAAAGUAUUUUUUUAAUUGAUAGUUCAUGGACAGACAGCAAAGUUAACAAUUCCAAUCUAUUAAAUAAUUAUUAUUAAUCCUUUAAAUGAUAUGGUUUGGCCUGUUGAUGUUCAUCUGCCAUAUCAUAUUCUAGAAUACCUUUUUCCAUUAAAUAAUGCUGCAAAGAAUUAGAGAAAAGUUUACUUUUACAGGGAUUUCACAUUUAUGUUUCAUUCAUAAAUCUUGAAGGUAUAAAAUUAACAUUUUCAAGCACUUUGCAGCUUUGGGAGGAAAAGCACAGAUCUUUAAAUAGGAGUGUCCAGGCAAGCAUCAACAAUGUUCCUUAUAAAGCUUUACAUACCAAAAGAUAACUUAAUAAAUCUGCUUAUAAAGAAUCGCACCCAACAUUAAUAAGGCAUAACUUUUUCCAAAUUUGCUAUUAUGUAUUCUCCUUGUAAAAAGUAUUAAGUGUUCUCUUAUGUAUAAGUAAUGUUACAUCUUUAAGCAUUUCCAGUUGAUAACUCUGGCACAGGAUAUAUUUCUUCGUCAUGAAGAAUAUCUUCAUUCAACAGUAACCAAAAUUUUGAUUGAAUGAAAAUAUCAGCCAUAAAUAAAUGCACUUAUCGAAAAGCAAGGUGAGGGAUAAACUAUUAGCAAACACGAUAAUGGCUUUACAAGCUGCAUAAAAAUUCAGUGUAUAGGAUAUGGAUUUCUUUCCUCUUUAUUAUAACUACUAAAUGUCACAGAUUAUUAGAAAAUAUGAAGUGU